AAAAGUGCGGAACAUUCAUUCCGAACGGACAUGAGAAGGCGGGGGAAGAAAUGUACCAAAAACGUCAUGAAAGUUCGGUCGAAUUUUCCUGUUUAGGGUGUCAUGUAGCACCUCCUGAACCUAGACUCAACUCCCAGAUCCAGAUAUUAUUAAGACAAUCUAAUGCAAGACUCCCAUCUUUGUGGGGCACAAACGUAUUUAUAAUUGCCUAUCUUUCCAUGUAAAAUUAGAAUUCCUCAAGAAAGUUCAAUUAUAACAAAUCAAUCUCAAAUAAAACAUGGCUCCAGUUGCUUCAGAAGAAAAGACUCAGUUUCUUAAAGCUUUAAAACCACAAAACGUUGAACCAUUAUGGACUGUGAUGUCCGCUAUGGUUCCUCCAGUUCCUCAACCAAAGGCUACUCCAACAGUUUGGAAAUUUAAGAAUCUCAAGCCAUUACUUGAUGACUCUGGUAGACUUGUUCCUGCCGAAGAAUCUGAAAGAAGGGUUUUGAUGUUGAUCAACCCUAGCUUAAAGGCCCCACAAACUACUGAUACUUUAUAUGCUGGUCUUCAAUACAUCAAUCCAGGUGAAGUUGCUCCUGCUCACAGACACUCUGCUUUCGCCUUAAGAUUUAUCAUUGAAGGUGAAGGUGGUUUCACUAACGUUGAAGGUUCCAAGUUAUAUAUGGAAAGAGGAGAUGUUAUUCUUACUCCAAGAUGGGACUGGCAUGAUCAUGGUAAAGAAGGUGAUGGUCCAAUGAUCUGGUUAGAUGGUUUAGAUUUACCAAUGUUCCAAGCCAUUCCAGUCAACUUCGCUGAACAUUACAAAGAAGAUCGUUUUCCAAGUACUGAUGUUGAAGAAUCUCCAAUGAAGUACCCAUGGGGUCCAGUUCAAGAAUAUCUUGACUCUGUUAAGGGUGACCAUGCUAUCUUUGAUUAUAAGCCUAAGACAGAAGAAGGAGCUGCUGUAUCCACCAUAGUUGGAGGUCAAGCUGAAAGAAUUUCUCCAAAUACUUCUACUAGAUUCAGACAAGAAAGUAGUUCAUUUGUCUACCAUGUUUACGAGGGUACUGGUUACACCGUGAUUACUGAAGAUAAUGGUGAAGAAACUAUCUUGAAGUGGGAACAAAAGGAUACCUUCUGUAUUCCAUCAUGGAAGAAGUUUAGACAUGUUAACGAGACUUCUUCUCAAGCUUAUCUCUUCAAUUUCUCUGAUACUCCAUUACUUAAGAACUUGAAUAUCUAUAGAGUCAAUAAAGAUUUGUAG